AUGUCCGCCUCUCCUUCCCCUAAUUUCUCCUUUUGCUUCCCCUCAUGUCCGCCUCUGCUUCCCCGCAUUUACCCCGCUGCUUCCCCCCGUUUCCCCCUCUGCUCUCAUCGUUCCCCCCCUGCUUCCCCUCAUUCCCCCCCCCCCCUCCUUCCCCUCAUUUCCCCCACUGCUUCCCCUCAUUUCCCUCUCUGCUUCUCCUCAUUUCCCCCCCUGCUUCCCCUCAUUUCCCCCUCCGCUCCUCCUCAUUCCCCCCUCCGCUUCCCCACAUUCCCCCCUCCGCUUCUCCUCAUUCCUCCCUCCGCUUCUCCUCAUUCCCCCCUCCGCUUCUCCUCAUUCCCCCCUCCGCUUCUCCUCAUUCCCUCCUCCGCUUCUCCUCAUUCCCCCCUCCGCUUCUCCUCAUUCCCCCCUCCGCUUCUCCUCAUUCCCUCCUCCGCUUCUCCUCAUUCCCCCCUCCGCUUCUCCUCAUUCCCCCCUCCGCUUCUCCUCAUUCCCCCCUCCGCUUCUCCUCAUUCCCCCCUCCGCUUCUCCUCAUUCCCCCCUCCGCUUCUCCUCAUUCCCCCCUCCGCUUCUCCUCAUUCCCCCCUCCGCUUCUCCUCAUGCCUUCCCAUGCCUCCCUCCGUGCACCCCCUUCAUCGCCUGCAUCAUGUCUUGCCCCCAUUAGCAGUCACCGGCAUGCAUGCUGACGUGGCAGUGAGCGUGCCGGUUCUGUGCGACGUCAUGCAUGCACAUGGCGGUGGCAGCAUGAGCGGUGUUCUCCCCACUCCAUUCAUCCACGGCCUGCAAUCUCUGUGA